GCGACUCCUCAGUUUGAAACGCUUUCAGCUGCUUUGCUUUCUCCUCUGCCUGGGGUCGGACGACCAUGUGCUACGCCUGCAAGCCGACUUUGACACAGCUCAGCAUGCCUCAAAUCUCCGGCAGGGCCGCUCCUAGCGAGCCCCAAUACUUCACUUUUGAUCCUCUCCCGGAGGACGAGAAGAGGCCUGCCCACCGGAGCUUCACUAAGGCCAGCAAGUCCAAGAGACGUUCCCGGAAGGUUCUCUAUCCUCCAGUGGUGAAGCGUUACUACCCCACUGAGGAACGCAGCUACGCUAAGUCCCUCCUCUUCAUCCUCCUCGCCGUUGUCUUUUUCCAAGUCUACACUGCAGAGGAUGACCUCCUUGCUGGAGCCACACUGGAGGACAACACAUCCAGCUGCUCUCUACAGAGCUGGGAGUCUCAGGUCCCACCUGUCCCUUUGGAACAGCCCAUAAUCCCACAGCAACCCAUUGUAUCGGCCUCCUCCGUGGAAAUCGCCAUGGUGGCCAAUGCUUCUGAGUGGUCGUGGGGAGAGGACAGGUCUUCCGAAUCUGCCCUUGACAUCACCCAUUUUUGGGAGCAGAAUCCGGCUGCUUUCUGAAGAUCGAUCGACACCCACCCCUCCCACUGGAGGUAGAAACGGACCAAGAAGUCCAAUGGAGGGACUGCCGUGCUCGGAGGAGGGGGGGGGGCUUCAGAAAAGUCUCUUUGUAAAGCAGAAGUAAAAGAUGCAGAAAGGGGACAGGCGGUUUGGACCGCAGCCUGUGCGUUCCUGCACAGAGGCUGUCAAGCAAGGCUUGACGUCACAGAGACUUGACCUCAACUGACACACAGCAUUAUGCAACAGGAAAGGGACAUUCCUCGUUGCUGAAAUUGAAGGAGGGGGGGAAAGGGGAUAUUUAAUAUUUAAUAAUAAUAAUAAUAAUAUGUAAUUUAAACUGACUUUUAUUUAUGUGUGAAACUGGGAGGUAGGGUGAGAAAUGCUGCUCAUGUACUGCACUAUGCAUUUGGAACGAACUCUUGUAACGUUUUGUGUUUCUCUAGCAAGGUAGAAUUUACGCUACGGUUGGUUGGUCUGAUAGGAAGAAGGCUAGAUUUUGGAAAUCAAGAAUCUUUUUAUGAUUUGUACUUUGGCGAAGGGGCAACGUUUUAGCGAAGAUUAAACUAGGAUUUCUGGAAUUUUGCAAAUAGGGUUGUGAUGCUCCAAUACUGUACAUUUAAUGGGGGGGGGGGAAUAGAAAAACUGACAAGUUAAAAAAAAGUUGUCAUUGAAGCUGAUGGACAAGACUUCUUAGCUUCUGGAUAAUGGGCACAAUAAAAGUUAAGGAUGCUUUUAUUUUUAUUUAUUGUAAAAAAACAUCUGACUGAUUUUUGUUUUCCUGAUUUGUAUGUAAGCCAGAACAUUCUUUGUUAUAGUGUUUCCUUGUUGUGUAACUACCGUAUGAACAGUUUGUGAGGGCUGAUGCAGCCAUACUAACAUUUCCAAAACUUUAGUAAGUCACUUUUAUGAAUUGCACUUUACAUGUUAACACUAUUCAGGAUGAACUGGCUCCACUCUGUAUGUUCUGUGAACAAAUCAAUAAAACAAUGAUGUUUUAA